AUGUCGCAUCAUGGCGGAAAAUCUUUUCAUGGGAACAGAAAAAGAGAAAACGAACCUCCACAGAAAGAUAAAGUGGAAAAAGACGAAGAUGAAGAAGAAGAGGAAGAUCCAUUUGACAGCAGGAUACAAAAAUCAGGAUGUGCCGACCUUCAUUACGCAUUGUUGGUAAGCCAUAGAAAAAUCGGCAUUCGGGAACUGCUCUGUAUACUGACCGAUACUCAGUUACUGUAAGCUGUAAGGCAUGAUAUGUGUGCUGCAAAAAGCACAGUUUACAGGUUUUGGAAAUUAGAGACGUAUGUUUUAGAAAAUCAUUCAUUUCCUGAAAAGAUAUUGUAGACGACGUUGGUCAAGAACCUGGACCGAGGUGGGGGAGGGGGUGAGGCUGGCUGGGGAGUAGAGGGAAGGGAGUGUAGUAUCUUCCCAAAAUACUUCUAGGGGUUAUGUGCCCUCCCAACAGGCCAGGGACGCGUUUCAAAAGUUUGCAAGGUAGGUCAGCACUUAAUAAGUCUGUAAAAACCAGAAGAUAAAACAGAAGUGGAAAUCAGGACUCUGCCACGUGUUUUUAAACAUCCUAAAUAGUAAGUCUCGUUCCCAGGGUUCUCUCCUACCCGAACUGAACUUCGCAGGGAAAAAACGUCAAACUUCGAUUCGGCGACAAUAUCAAAAGCUUGUGCUUUGCUUAAAACAUUUCCAUUACAAAAAAGUACGUUGAUUUGUUCCACUCUCCGCCCAGUUCAUACAACCUUCAGCCAUAAAAAUGCAGAUUCUUUCGUUCUGUACUUGAUUCUAAAACGCAGUUAUUGAAUAUCUACUUUUUAUAGGACUGCUUUCAAGAACAUAAAGAUUGGCGAAAGUGCCAGGAUCAUGUAAAAGCCUUCAAGGACUGUAUUGAUCAGCAAAACAAACAGAAAAAGUCAUAA